AACACACCGCAGUGUAGCCAAUAAAGCUGCGUCAGUGGCCGUGACGAGGGUAAGUGCUGGAUCGGCUGGCGGCGAGGCUCGAAGGGCAAAGGGCCGUGAUCGCUGCGGCAGUAUCCGUCUCUGCAUCGAUCAUCAUCGACGGGGGAAGCGGACAAGAUGCCGAUGGUACUGUUGCGGCCCGUAACAUUCGUCACCGGGAACGCUAAGAAGCUGGAGGAGGUCCGAUCCAUCCUCGGCCAGUCCAUCCCCUUCCAGUCCCUCAAGCUAGAUCUGCCUGAAUUACAAGGUGAACCAGAAGAAAUAUCCAAGGAAAAGGCCCGACAGGCUGCAGUCUCGGUAAACGGGCCUGUACUAGUGGAAGACACUUGUCUGUGCUUUAAUGCUUUAAAUGGCCUCCCAGGACCUUAUAUAAAGUGGUUCUUGCAGAAGACUGGACAUGAAGGUUUGAACAAUCUGCUGAAGGCUUAUGAAGAUAAAUCAGCCUAUGCAAUGUGCAUUUUUUCUCUUUCUCUUGGUCCAAGUAACGAACCCAUUACAUUUGUUGGAAAAACUCAGGGUAAAAUCGUUCCUCCGAGAGGGCCCAAUGAUUUCGGAUGGGAUCCAAUCUUCCAACCAGAUGGCUACGAGCAAACCUAUGCUGAGAUGCCCAAGGAGGAAAAGAACAAGAUAUCUCAUCGUUCGAAGGCACUGGCAUUGGUGAAAUCUCACUUUGCAUCUGCUAGUUACAUCUUCGAAACAGAUGCUUAACAAUCUAGAGCCAAAAACUGAAGUGAACUCCAUGGAUUACAUUUUUUGUGUUCUAGAAAUGAGGUUUAUUGUAAACACUUUGGAGCUAUGUAAUAACAUAUUCCUUGGAAGUAGUUUCCCAUGGCAUUUCUAGGAGAGAUUUAACUCACUUUUUCUACCAAUAAACUAUCAUUGAUAAUAA